AUGGAAAAGUUCAAGGAGAAACUCAACACUCUUCGCACAGAAGCUGAAACUGCCAACAAGCGUGCUGCCGAGCUGGAGGAAAAGUGCAAUGCACUUGAGACUGACCAUGCUCAAAAGGAUGAGCAGUUAAAUAACCUUGUUGCUCGUGCCAAGGAGUUGGAAGAAGCUCUUGAAGCUGCUGAAGUCAACUUGAAGCAAGCUACCGCCGACUUCCGUGAGGCUGAUUUGCGUGCUGAACAACUUGGUAAGAAGGCUGUGAAGAUUGAACAAGAGAUUGCCAUAUGGGACAAGAAGAAUGCUGAUUUGGAAGCCAAGUAUCAAGCUGCCAAGGCUGAGAUGGAGGAGUUGGAUGGUCAAAUGGAAGGCGUGUAA